GAUUAAACACUUUAGCCAUCAGCACAACUUAAUACUUAGUGAUGAGAUUAAGGAUGAUAUAUGUUGUGAUGGUUGUAUACGACCUAUCUCAACUGAAUUUUACUAUUGUGCUGAAUGUGAUUAUUCCCUCCACAAGCACUGUGCUGAGUUACCAAGAAAGACAAGACAAUGGAGUCAUCAAAUCACGAUGUGCAUCAGAUGCUUUGAAGUUCCUGACAACUUCACCAAUCAAGGACACCAGCAUCAUCUUUUCUUUGACUACAAGCAUGAAAGGGAAUGCAGUAGCUGUGGAACUGGAAAUGGUUGUUUUAGAUGCAAGGAUGGUGAUUUUUCCUUGUGCUAUUCAUGUGUUGUGUUCCCGCAUAUAACCUGGUACAAGUAUGAUAAACAUCCUCUUGCACUCACUUAUCAUGAUGAUCUUGUUGUGGAUCAAUGUUUUUGUGAGAUAUGUGAGGAACCAAGAGACGCAAAUCAUUGGUUUUAUCACUGUGAUAUUUGCGACUAUUCUGUGCAUCCCUCUUGUGUUCUGGGGAGAUCCCCAUAUGUGAAGCUUGGGUUGACUUCCACAUAUGAUUUUCAUCCACACCCUCUCACCUUUGUGAAGGAAGAUUUUGACUACUUUGAAUGCAACUACUGUGGCGUGCGUUGUAAAAAUGUGUUCGUCAAAUGUUCAGAAUCAUAUUGUAAGUUCGCUUUCCACUUGUUUUGUCUAUAUCUUGAAUUAAGAAGCAGGAAUUAGCCAUAAAAAAAAAAAGCAGGAAGUAACCUUGAAGAAUUGAUUGGGGUAUUCAAGAGAUGAAGCUCUCAGAUUUAUAAUUCAGCAUGGCAAAGGUUUGGCUACUUGUUUCUUAAAUUCCAUAUAGUGAGGGGAAUUUUCCUUCUCUCUGUGUAAUUUAGUUUCUUUUCUUUUGUGCGAUGUGCUUUGCUAUUGUUUGGAAUGGAGUUUGUAAUAAUCAAAUAAUUGGAUGCUUGUUUUCUUCUUUGCAUUAUUUUCCUUUUUUUUUUUUUUGUUGUUGUUGUUGUAAUAUAUGUUUAUUUACGCU